GAUAAUCGCGGCUCGCUAAAAGAGCCUCGCAGACUCGUGAUUCGGAACGAUAACAUACCCGAGGAACAAAAAAGAGCGAACGUAUUUCUCCUGGAUCGCGGGGGAGCGGCGGAGCCAGCAGACGUGUUUGCUAAAUUGAUUUUAAUCAGUUCGUGCCAAUUGCUGCGACCACGAGCGUUGAAACAGUUUACAACCAGCCUGCGUCAACGUAAUUCGGAUCUGGAAAGUUGAAAAGAUCAGGGAACGUCAGGCUUCGUUCGUCUCGGGAUGCGGGAAACGCGACUCUGUAGCAGUGCAGCGGAUCGUUUGACAGUUCUAUUCUUGUUACGACUCGACUCGUAUCGAAACUUCGUAUAAUUUGCCAAUAGCGUAUAACGAUUAUCUUUGCUCGUGACGUCUGACUCUCGUUUUAUUAUCAUAACACUCCGAAUGGAUUAAUAAACGAUUCGAUUCGUGACGUUCGCUUGACGGGCUCAACUUUACACAGUCGCAAUUCCGCCAAUUAUUCAGGACGUUUCAAGAUGACGGCAGGCAACAGUUUGGUCGUACCGAUUGUACUGUGGGGAAGAGUAGCUCCGACUCAUUGUAUCUCCUGCAUAUACUUGUCGAGGGAUCAGAAAACUCUCGUGACAGGAUGCUACGACGGGCAGAUAUGCCUGUGGCAAGUUGACCCCGAAACUCUGAAGAUGACUCCACGUUGUCUGCUUGUUGGACAUACGGCACCAAUAAUGUGUCUGAGCCGAGCAAGCGUGAUAAUGGAGCAAAACUACAUAGUCAGCAGCAGCGAGAGCGGGGAAAUGUGCACCUGGGAUUUGAUCGAUGGAAAGUGUAGGGAAGCUGUCAAGCUCAAUAACAUUCACACUCAGAUGCUUCCUUAUGUUUCGGCUGGAGGCGAAGACAUCAGGCUAUUUUGCUCUGGUUAUUAUCCAGAAGUUUUGGUCAUGGAUCCCUUCAGCCUGGAAGUUUUGUUCACUCUAAGCUCCCGCGUUAAUCCAGAUUGGAUUAGCGCUUUGCACGUCCUGCGACCGGCCAAACGGAAAGGUCGGUUCCUCGUGCAUACAAACGACGUAGUCUUGGCAUUGACUACAACGGGGACAGUGAAAGUCUGGACUCUACUGGGCCAUGAGAACCGCCACAGCGAGCCGUUGUACGAGCACGAAAGCAAACAAAUUCGCUGCCUCAACGCAUUGGCGAUGACGUGCUGCCCCUAUAAUCAGAGAACAGUACUGAUAGUAUGCUCCAAGUAUUGGCAGAUAUUUGACGCCGGAGAUUUCUCAGUUCUCUGUUCUGUAACGGCGCCUCGCGGCGAACGCUGGAUGGCGGGAGAUUUUUUGGCCGCUGACAGGGUCGUUCUUUGGAGUGACGAAGGUCAUGGUUAUCUCUACAAAUUACCCGCCAACAAGCUGAAGGGCAAGGCUCUCAGCAGUAGCGUAGCUGACAACAAGGAGUUUCAUACCCCUGCAGCUGAGUGUGAUCAACCAUAUUUGUACUACACUCUGACGCAGCCAGGCGAUAAGCCAUUAUCGUGUCCUCCGGCGAUGCGACUGGUCACAGUUCAGAAGCACAAUAAAACUUCGAAAUAUUUACUCCGAGGCGAUAGCGAAGGUGUCGUUGUCUUAUGGACACUGCCCGAGAUCUCAUCUCAACAACUUACGCAAAUCAAUCAAAACGAUUAUAAACCUACCAGUCUACCGCCGACUAUAAAGACCAGUCUAACGGCUGCCUGGGAAGCAAUGAAACCACCCCCAGUCGGAAUUCUUGAUCAGUUAGACUCCGGCGAUGGUCACGGAAUUAAAUUGACUUCCAGCAUUUACUUGCCGCAGCAAAGUCGGCUUGUUUUGGGCAGAGAAGACGGUAGCAUAAUCAUUGUUCCUGCUACCCAAACCGUUAUGCUGCAACUUUUGCACGGCAAUCAUCAGCAGUACGAUGAUUGGCCACCUCAUCAAGUUUUACUCGGACAUUCUGGCAGAGUAAAUUGCCUGCUGUAUCCGCACGGGGCUGCGCCGAGAUACGAUAGGACGCAUUUGGUGUCCGGAGCAGUUGACUUUGCCGUAUGCUUGUGGGAUUUGUACGCGGGUACACUGAUCCAUCGCUUCUGUGUUCAUGCUGGAGAAAUUACUCAGCUAAUGGUGCCUCCCGACAACUGCAGUCCUCGACUACAAAAAUGUGUCUGCAGCGUUGCCUCGGACCACAGCGUUACGCUGCUCUCCCUGGCUGAGAGGAAAUGCGUUGUUCUAGCUUCAAGGCACUUGUUCCCUGUCGUUACGAUAAAGUGGCGUCCACUCGACGACUUCAUGAUCGUCGGGUGUUCCGACGGUGCCGUUUACGUCUGGCAAAUGGAAACUGGACAUUUGGACAGAGUCUUACAUGGUAUAAUUGCCGAGGAGGUCCUUUAUGCUUGCGACGAAAAUACCAUAGCAGCUACCGGAGGCACUGCAGCUGGAGGUGAACUGGGACUGGCAAAUCCAGCCGUGCAUUUCUUCCGGGGUCUGCGGCACCGGAAUCUUUCGGCAAUUAGACACGCUACUCAACGCGGAUUACAUCAGUUGCAACAGCUUCACGGAGGCGCUGGAAGCGAUCAUGGUAAUCAGAUAAAGGCAAAGGGUGCGCCGCUAAUGAUACAGGGACUCAGGACGAACCCAAAGGAUCCUGAAAGCCACAUACUCUUCUUUGACAUCGAGGCACUCAUUGUGCAACUGUUGAGCGACGAGUACGGAUCCAUGUCACCCGGAUCACUCGAGGCUCAGGGUCUGAUAUCUGCGGCUGAAUACCACAAGGUUGCCGCUCUUACGCAGUCAGCUAGUCCAGAUGCUCACAAAAAAAUAGCUGAUUUUUUCGGCCGUGUCAAGGAUAAGGCCGGAGACGUUGAAAGAAUUCUCAAGGAAAAGGAUCGACACGGUAUAUUGGCUAAAAUGAAGGAGGGCGCCGAAAACGUCCAGACUAAGUUGCAGGCCAAGGUUGAAAGCGUUGGUUUAAAGCCGUCCACUCUUGACGGCAAAGGUGAGGGUUGGAAUAACAAUGAUUUACCGAAAAACAGUUUGAAGAGAAACGGAGCUUUCAGCGAGCCAAACGCUGCAAUGGAAGUAGCUCAGUUACUGCUCAGCCUUCUUCACGCUUGGGGAAUGGAUCCUGAUCUGGACAGAGUGUGCGAAGGAAAAUUGGGCCUGCUCAGGCCCAUGGUACCUGUUUCAUUCGGCGUUUUAUCCAAAGGAGGAUACAUGUCUCUGCUACUUCCAACCUGGCAAACUCAGUUGGAGCCAGCUGGUGAGCCUGCGACUCAAUUAGAACAACGUUUGCCGGUUGAAUUGGUGAGGCAAGAGCGCCUCACAAGAGCUUUCACCGCUCGAGCUCACUGGGAAUUGUCUACAACUUUGACGAGUAAUCAUCUGCUCGCUGUCGUAUCACUGGCAAACACCCUAAUGUCCAUGAACAAUGCUACGUUUGUUCCCGAACAGGAAAGAAAUCGUAAAUUGCAUAGACCGGGAAACAGAGUUGCAGUGAGCUGGAACAAAGCAGAGGAGGAAAACGAAGAAAUGUACACCGUUCAGCAGGCUCAAAUCAAACAAGGCUGGUCGCUUCUUGCUACUCUACAUUGCGUUCUUUUACCUGAUAAAGUCGCAGCCCAGGGAGGAGCAAAGAGCUUCAAGCGACCCCAAGUCGAAAUGAUGGCUAGACGAUGGCAACACCAAUGUCUGGAGGUCAGAGAAGCGGCUCAGGCUCUUUUAUUGGCAGAACUUGGCAGGAUGGGGCCAAAAGGCAGGAAGGCACUCGUGGACAAUUGGUCACAAUAUUUACCCCAGUACAGUACACAAGAACCCAUUGCCCCACAGUCCCAAAACCACAGCCCUCCACCAGGCAGCCCAGUUCCUACGAUAGAACAACAACAGGAAGAGGAAGAAGAGGAUGAAGAAGGUGCGGAAGAAUUAAGUAUAGCGAGAAAACCGUCGAGCAUAGCAGAGCUGAAGCAAAAACAGACAACGGCAGUUGUACUGCUCGGUGUGAUUGGGGCGGAGUUUGGACAGGAUGUGACUAACGCCAGAGAACGAAGAGACAGUGAGCAAAGACGAAAGAGUUCUGUGGUCGAGGGAUUCGGAAUUGGGAAUAACAAUCUUGCCCGGCAUACAAGCAUGGCUCUGACGCAUUUACUCCACGCGCCUCAUUCUUCGAAACUACCGAUGCACACAGCCUUGCGCAGAGCUGCGAUAGACCUCAUCGGCCGCGGCUUCACGGUCUGGGAGCCAUACCUCGAUGUUUCGAAGGUCCUGCUUGGGCUCCUCGAAAUGUGUUGCGAUGCCGACAAGCUAGUGCCCAGCAUGACUUACGGCUUACCGCUAACGCCUCAAGCUGACAGCUGCAGAACCGCGAGGCACGCUUUGAUGCUGAUAGCAACGGCCAGACCAGCCGCAUUUAUCACAACUAUGGCAAGAGAAGUUGCGCGAUUUAAUACUCUCCAGCAAAACGCACAGACGUUGAAUGUCAAUCUCGCUGCAAGCGUACUCGCCAGAGCCAAGCCUGAAAUACUGAGAAUAGUUGAACAAUUGAUUGACAAAAUGCAGAGUGAAAUGAGCGAUUUACUCGUUGAGGUCAUGGACAUCAUACUCCAUUGUCUCGAUCCUGGUCAUCUUAAAAUGAAACCACUGAACGACGUAUUUCCUGCUGUCUGUAGGUUUAAUCAAGUAAGCCAUUGUCCGACGACUCGGCGGAUAGCAGUCGGAGGUCGAGGAGGGCAAUUGGCGCUCUAUGAACUACGAGGAAAUGUAAAAUGCCAAACGGUUACUGCUCAUCAAGCCCCUGUAACUGCGCUGGCAUUUUCGCCCGAGGGGAAAUUUUUAGUUAGUUAUUCAUGUUCGGAAAACAAGCUGUGCUUUUGGCAGCAGACAAGCAGCGGGAUGUUCGGACUAGGAAAUUCUCAAACCCGUUGCAUCAAGUCGUACAGCACAGCACCUAUCAAUGAUGUUUCACGUUUGAAUCCAAUGCGGCUGGCCCGUUUAAUAUGGAUAAAUAAUCGUACCGUCACGUUGAUGUUGGCCGAUGGCUCGGAAACACGAUUCAAUGUUUAAUUGAUUGGAAUUUUUCGUUGAGGUUGAGAUCGAAAUGCGACCAUGCAGUAGUUACUCAAGCCGGAGGUAUUAAUCAGACCUUUCUUGUAAGUAUCAUGCUUCGACACAUCACUGAUGAUUAUCGCUGUAAGUUACAUUGCGCCGUUACAUAUUCAACGAUCAUAAUACGCGGUUUUGUUCCGUUUUUAAACGCACCCGAUCAAUUCCAAUCCGCAUUUUAAUCGUUAAUUAAUUAUUUAAAUAAGCAGUAUGAGUUGCACAAAUCGUUUAUUUUUUUCUAUGUUUUCAAGAAAAGAAAUCCUACCAUGCAUGUUGUUAUUUAUUUUGUAUUGAGCUUCAACAUCCUCCGGCUUGAUACAUUGAGCCUAAACUGAGGUGAGUUAUAUUCGAAAAUGAAGAGAUAAACUAUAAAUUAUUAUCAGUUCAAGGUUUUUAGGAAAGUAUCUCCUCGUUUCACAAAAGCAGCUGGGUAACAGUAUUACUAUCGUCUUCAUAGUUCAACUUUUUGAUUAUCGCACAUUCGUGGCUAACAAUAAAAUGCAAAUAAAAAAUAAAAAAAAGAAUGGAGAAAAUUGACUAAUGAAUAAUACGGUGAGACCUCAGUAGGGUAUAGUAAUUGAAACUAAAUAGUCAAGACUGAAAUCAAACGCUUACCCGCCUGAGAAUUGUAAAAUGAUGUGUAUAAAUCAAUAGAAAUCUUUCCACAAACUUUGAAACGACAAUAGUUCUUCAUUUUUAAUCAUUUGUAAUAAAAGUAUUAAUCAGCCUCAUCGUGAAAGUAUAUACCAAAAUAACCGCCCAAGGAUAUAAAUGUAUAUAUUAUAUAUUUCAUAAUCUAUUUAGUUAGUUAAAUUUAUCUAUUUAUUUCGGUGAUUAUAGUUCAUGUCUUAAGCUAUAAUUUGGAAUAGAAUAAUUGAAAUCCCAGAUUCUUAACGCAAGGUCGUCGAUUAAUAAGGCUAAAAGCAACAUUAAGAAAAAAAGAUAAAUUUAAAAAAAAAAAAAAUUUGUUCAGGAUCAAACUACUAAUAUUAGAGAACAGAUAGUGAUAGCGAUAUUUUUUUUUCAUAAAGGGUUUAAUUCGCAACCGAUAUACAACAAUAUGAUAACACUGUACAUAGUGAUACUUAACUUAUAGAAAGAGUUGAAAUUUCUGCAAUCACUAGUCUAUUUCUUUUCUGUUCUAUUUCUUCAGUUCCAUACAUCUUUGUUGAGAAUUACCAAAAAAAAAGUAAUCACCUAAUAAUUUUUUAUAUUUACGUUAUCGGUUUGACAUAAAGAUUUGAUUGAAAACAAACCGUCGUCAAACGCAUAAAUUUAAUCUUGAGUCAGGAUUGUAUUUGAAUGUUUUAACUAUGCUAAUAUACUAUAAAAAUUAUUCUGAAAUAAUCAGAUCCAAACGCCGACAUUGCAGAGCAUCUAACACACACACACACACACACACAGAGAGAGUAAAAGCGUACAAAUCCCAACAAUUUUCAGUUUUUAAUAUGGUAAAUCAUGUGGUUCAGUAUCACAUCCAGGUUGUAACUUAUACACUAAGUAUAAUUACGCAGCGGAAAGUCCCCUAUAAUACUGGCAUAAGUUUUCUAAAAUUUGUGCGCAUUUUGUUUGGCCAACUUUCUGUAAAAGUACUUAUUAGCAAUUAAUUGCACGUCAUUCUAUGCGUAUUGAUUUUAACGGCGAGAACAAUGUAUAGGGUAAUUAGACCGCCUUUAAAAAUGUUGGCGGUGUAUCGCGUAGUGCAAAUUUACAGACCGUUGAAUAGUCUUUUAUAAGAUUUUUUCGUUAAUUUAUUGAUAGCUUUAUUUAAUCCAUCUCACCUGGAGCCCCAUGCAUGAAAUAGUAUUACAUUUCAAAACUCUUAAAUUAAUUGUCAUGAAUAACAAUUUAUUGUUUAUAAUAAAUGUAACGACGAAAGCUAAUAUGUUAGUACAUUGCGGUAAUCAAUUCAAAUGCAUAGAUAUUCUUUGUCUUCGAUGGUUACAUUUAUUAAAUCAAUAAUAGAUAUGAAAUGACAUUUGUUACAUAUUAUUCCAUGUUCCAACAUUUUUUUCUUGCGAAUCGUAUGGUUUUUAAAUCGCAGAUUAUUUGAAGUGCGUAUAAUAUUGUGAUAAUCUCCAAAACCGUACGUCAGAUUUUUAUGAUUGUUGCUGCAGUAAUAAUAAGUAUACGCACUUUAAUUGUAGAGAAAAGAAAUACGAAGAAAAGAAUGAGAGAACAAAAAUUUCCGGAAUAAUAUAUCAUGGAAGAAACUGUAUUGUUGAUAUCAUAAUAUAUUUAAUGUAUUUGAUGAGUCGAUUUAUAAUCACUGUAAUUCUAUAUGAAAUAAUAUUCUUAAUUAUAUCGAAAGGAAGAAAAGUUGAAAAAAAAUACGUACUAUUGAUGGAAUUAUAAAUGGAUGUAUGCUCAGAGAAGGUGUUAUGUAUGAUAUAUUUCAAUCUUGUUAUUGUCAAAAAAUGAAGAAAAGAAAACAGC